AUGUCGAUUAACCAAGUGGUCAACUCAGUGCGAACUGAUGGCGCCACAGAGGCAAACUUGACUCAAUUGAGAGUACUACUCAGAGACGAGCAAGUUCGAUCCUCACAAGAGCUCAAGUCAAACUUAGCAUUCUUGAUGGAAAUUUUCAUACAAGUUUUCAAAUCUGCCAUUGACCAAUAUAACAGUACCGACGCUUCACGGUUGUUUUCGAUUGCGAUCGAGGCGAUUAAGGUCGCGAUCAACCUCGUGGCGUCCAAUGCCGACAAUUGCGAUUUUUUCACCAAGGACGCGGACCUCACUGCCGCUUUUUGGAAUUGCAUCCACGAGAUAUACACCUUGAAUGAAGCAGCAAGCCUUGAGUUGGUCUUCACGUUAAUAUCGCAGUUUUUGUACGUGGAGGGAGACGUGGCGCAUUAUGUACGGUACUUGCAUCUGCAAUCUAUGAAUGCUGUAGUUUACACCGAGUUUGCAUCUAGUGGCGAUCCCGAGGUGGCGCGUGAAUUCAUCACGGCAAACAAGCACCACUUUGAUCUGGCAGACAAGAAGUUUCUUGAACAUUAUGCCAAUCGUUUUCACGAGAUAUAUGCAAACGUAAGCGAUCUGGAUAAAGAGACUGCUAUUGAGAUCUUGGAGUUUGUUUCGCCGAGUCUGCGCGCUUUCAAAAGCGUGCUCCUGCUUUUGGAGCUGGAAAAGGAUACGAAAUUGUUGCGGAAACUCAUGGUGGCGAGCACUGAUGUUUUCCCGGGUGACAUACAAGAUCUUGCCAAAGAGGAGGAGUUUUUGGUAUCACCACAACUGCUGCUCGUGCUGCUGGGGCUGGCGACGCGAAAAAACCUGUAUGCUUUUGCAGCAUGCUGCAUCUGCGUCGGUAACACUAUCCUGAGCGAUGAAACUCGGAUCAAAACGAUCCAGUUGAUCAACGACAGCUUUGGAAUCAAGAACUUGCUUUUUACGUUCUUUUCCGAGUUCAAAAUCACCGACAUUGUCCAAUUGCAAGCCAUCCACAUGUGGAACAACUUGUUGGACCAGUCAAUCGCGAGCUCGAUUAUUGACCACUACCGAGAGGAACUAACCACAUUGACGAAAUUGAUGAUUGACAAUGCCAAUUACUACAAGGAAAUCAGCGUGGUCUACUUUAAGUUUAUAAACAAGUUGAUUAAAUUCUCAACAGGAACCCACGUACUUCCUGCACCAUUAGCUCGACUAGUUUCCGAUUUUAACGACAAUAGUAAUGCCCAAUUGACAUAUGCAAAGUAUCUGCUACUACAACAGCAUGCAAAAAAUCUUAAUGACAAUCUCAGUGAGUCCGCAGUGACAAAACUCGUCAAGUUCACAGUUAGUCUGGUGAACCGCCAGGACAUAUUAGAACAAUUGAAAACCGUCGCCAUACUCAAUACUCAACUCAGCGAGAAAAAAAUAUCAAUUCGAGAUCUCGAUACAGUCUAUCUUGGCCCACUUGCGAAAUUGCUCGACCAGCUCUAUACUCAACUUCCAUGCGCAAGAGAAGAUGAAUCAUGGAAGACCAAAAUUUUCGACAAUAAUUUAAAGUUCGUGGCGGGCUCUACAAUUAAGCUCCUUGAUGGAUCCAUUGAUUUUGCUUCGCUUAAGAGGCUAUGUGACAAAAUCCUACAAAACUAA